AUGAACGUUGCGGAUACAUUGUUUGAUUCAUUCAUUCAUGGAUUGCCCUCUUCUUUUGAUGGCGAAGAAAAUGGUACCAAUAUGAAUAAUAAUGAUGGAUGUCCAAGCAUAGAUGAUGUGCAUGGCGUGUUUUCAAUGAUGCAGCAGCAAUGUACAUCUGACGACGCUGUUGGAUUGGCGGGUACAGAAACAGCAUCCUUGUCAUCACAAUCGUCAUCAUCAUCGUUGUGCGAUCUGCAGGAGCACAAGCACAACAUCGGCAACACGACAUCCAUUGUUAUCGGUUCACCGGGGGAAAUCUCCGUCAAACCACCCGCUGUCGUUUCUUCGCUCGAGAACAUUUACCACUUGCUGUUUCAUGACAUUCAUCAAUUGCUUGCCGAGUCAGCUUUUGAUUCACAUUCAUCGAAUCAGUCGAUCCAUCAAUCAUCCUCACAACAUCAACACGCACGUCAUUAUCAAUCCAAACGUAAACGUGAGAUUUCGGUAGCUCCGUCACCAGCACCUUUUGAUAUGGAAGCAAUAUUACGUGCACAACAAGAGUUUAUCCAACGGCGUCAACUUGAGGAGACGUGUAAUGAUAAAGUACGGGUGCCUUGUACGCUGCCAAAACGUUCCCGAAAGAGAGCGCCCACAAGUGCCCAACAGCAUUUGUGA